AUGGUUAGGGCACCAGUGGACCGCAGUGAAGGACAGAUUUCAGGAGCUGAUAUUGAUGAUAGAGCUGUGCCGAGGCCUGGACGGGAGUUAUAUGAGAUGGAGCAGCUACGUAAGACAAAUCCCCCGGAGUUUUCUGGAGAGGGGGAGGGUUUUGAGGCUGGGGAGUGGUUGCGCCAGAUGAGCAGGCGAUUGGAGACUUUGGCUAUACCGGACAAUAAGAGGAUGACACCCGAGAUGACAGUGUCACAAUAUACCAAGAAGUAUGAGGAGUUGUACAAGUAUGGGAAGAAGUAUGCUCUGGAUGAUGAAAGCAAAGCUGAGAAAUACCGAGAUGGUCUACUCCCGAGCAUUAGCAGGAUGGUGAUUGCUUCUACGGUGAGGACUUAUGAUGAGACGGUGGAUAUGGCGCUAGAGUUAGAGCGAGAAGAGCGCAACUCCCGCCAGUAUUGGGAUGUGCAGAAAGGUUGUAAAGCUUCAACAAUUAGUGGCAAUGGAGGAGGUAGUCAAAAGAAACCGAGGACUGAGUUUCAGGGCUUGAGGGGCCAGAAGGUUGAUCAAGGCAAAGGUUCGGGGUCAAGAGAUGGCAAGAUUGUGUGUUUCAAGUGCGGUCGGGAGGGCCAUAAGAAGAAUCAGUGCACCAUCAUAGGAGUCAAGUGUUAUGGGUGUGCUCCUAGUCCAGCUCUUCCUUCUACUGUUCCGUCAGUUGGGAGGGGGCGAGGUGGGGCUAAGCAGCAAACAUCAUUGACUCAUGGGAGAGCAUUUGCAUUGGGACAUAAUGAGGUAUCUGAGCAUCCUAACUUCAUUGGAGAGGGUGUAGUUCUUGAUUGUGUGUGCCGGUUUGGUAGUAUAGCUCUAAUGGCUGAUUUGUAUGUCUUAGACUUCAAGGAUUUUGAUGUAAUCCUUGGAGUAGAUUGGUUAACAAAGCUUCAUGUGUUGAUGGAUUUUUGGGAGAGGAAGGUCACUCUUAAUGUACCGGAAGGAGGGAUCACGAGUUUGAUUACAUCAGCACCUAGGGGUGAUAUAGCUACUCCGACACGUGUGGUAGAGGAGUACAUAGAUGUAUUUCCGGAUGAGUUACCUGGGUUACCAUCGAAGAGGGAGGUUGACUUUACCAUUGAGUUGCACCCAAAUGGUAAGCCAAUCUCGAUUCCACCAUAUCGGAUGGCUCCGACAGAAUUAAAGGAAUUGAUGACUCAGUUGGAAGAGUUGUAA